AUGAAAGUGGUGCGCGAGCUGCUGACGGAGACGCCGGAGCUCGCGAAGGACCUGCUGGGGCUGCUGCAGAUGGUGGACGACGGCGAAGUGGCCGUCAUCGGCGGCAUUGAGAAUCGCCGCAUCCGGUCCAAGCUCAAGGAGCUUUUCCCGCUGUUGGGGCUAGUCAAGCUGCGAGAACCGAAGGGAGCAUUUGCAAAGCCUCGGAAGGCGAAGGACAAUGGGGGAGAGAGCUUGAUGGAGGUUUUCCAGCGAAUGCUGUCUGGAGGAUAUGACAAGACCGCAUCAAACGCAGAGCGGGAGGAUGAUUUCAAUGUCCAGGAUGAUGACGAUGAAGAGGAUGAAGUCGUAGGUCCAGCACUGCCUGGCAUGAAGGGUUUCCGGUUAGCCGACGAGCGAGUGGAGGCUGAAAUGGCGCGUCAGGCCCAAGAGUUGGAGAAGGAGCAGUGGGAGCGCGCGCGUGAUGAAGCGUGGAUGACUAUGAUGCCCGAGAGCUCGAUUUUGAAGGAUUCCCUGGGGCCGCAGAAUCGGCCCCCUCCAGGCAAGCCUGCAGCAUUCCGCAGGCAAGAACCAGCUGCAGUGGACAAGACGUGGUUUGAUUCCCCUGAAGAACGCGAGCGUGCGAAGCGCGCCAAGCUCGACAUGGAGUUGCUGGGUUAUGUUCGCGAGGAGAACGCGCCAUGUGCUGCAGCGGCUAGCAGUGUAGCAUCUUCCACGGCUCAGCCAGUGGUGAACGAGUCCAUUCUUCCUAACGCGAAUCCGGAAGCAGAUGAAGAGAUGCGAAAGCAAAUGGAAAGUCUGCGGAAAGCGCGUGGACCAUCGCUGUUAGAACAGCAUCAGCGUAAGCAAGCAGAACAGGCAAAAAAUGGAGAAAAGUCAACACAGAGCAGUGGCGGAUGGAACAGGGACCGGGAUCUUACAGUUCGCCGAGGCAUGUCUGGAGACGAUGCCGAGCGCAUGAUUUCAGCGGCCAAGCAGAUCAACUCCAAGUUCACAGCGCCAACGAUCUCGCGACAGUUUUUGUGA